AUGAGUGCCACGUUGGGAUCUAUCCCCCUCCUGGUCCAGUACCCCUCCGUCUAUGGUAUGUCCCGGGUGACUGACAGCCUCUUCCUCGGCAAUGGCGAGGUGGCCAACAACAAGUACUUCCUCUACGCCAACCGCAUCACCACGGUCAUCAACGUCUCGGUGGAGGUGGUCAACACCUACUUCCCGGACAUCUACUACAUCCACGUGCCGGUCCCCGACUGCCCCUCCGCCUGUAUCUAUGACUUCUUUGACCCCGUAGCUGAUAAGAUCCACGCCGUGGAGCAGGGCCAUGGGCGCACCCUGGUCCACUGCGCCGCCGGCAUCAGCCGCUCGGCCGCCCUCUGCAUCGCCUACCUGAUGAAGUACCACGACAUGUCCCUGGCGGACGCUCACGCCUGGGUCAAGGCCUGCCGCCCCAUCAUCCGGCCCAACAAUGGCUUCUGGCAGCAGCUCAUCCAGUACGAGCACAAGCUCUUUGGCAAGACCAGCGUCCGCAUGGUCCACUCCCCGCUGGGUCCCGUCCCCGACCUCUACCAGACUGAAGUCCGCCUCAUGAUCGCCUUGUAACUGCCCUUGGCACCUCUGCCCUGGCAAUGGUGGCGGCGGCGGAGGAGGAGGACUCGCUAGUGGAGGAAUACGUGCACUGACGCCACCUCUCCUGAACUCGAGAUGAGGCGGGGUGCGAGUCGAACCUGCCGCUAGGCCGGAGAAGGGGACUUGUAGGUUAGGGAGGGGGUGGGUUGUUUUCUAGAAAUAAAAAACAAGAAAAAUGGGGAAAAAAGAC